UGAUUGAUUCGAGUAAAAACAGGUUUUGAGUCGCAUCACUAGUUAAUGGUAUAUAGGUAGAACGUUUGUUGUGAAUUUCAUUUUUGGGAAAGAAAAUCUAAUUUUCUGCGAAUUUUUAUAAAAUCACCGUUAUUUUAGUAGGUAAAACAAAUUUAUGUCUUGAAUAAAUAAAUAUGCGUUCCUUGUUUGAUGUUUACUAAUAACUUGUUUCAGGCUUUACUCAUUCUACGGCUACGCCCACUUGUCUUCCUGAUUGUUUGACUUUGCUUUCAACAUAGGCCUAUCAGAUACUGCCGUUAUGGAUAUGAUGGUGUCGACACUGCAACAGCAGCGUGCUGUUACUGAACAAUUGAGACGAGAAGCUGCCAUUAAACGUGUUCCUGUUUCAGUGGCAGUGUCUGAUAUUGUGAAAUAUAUCAAUGAACACGAACAAGAGGAUUGCUUGCUCGUUGGAUUUUCAAGUCAGAAAGUCAAUCCGUUCCGUGAAAAGAGCUCUUGCACUGUUCUUUAAACUAGUUAUUUUGCAGAAUGCCGUAAAUUUAAAUGUUACUUUGUUCUAUCAUUAACAUGUUUGAUAUAUGUUAUGUAAAAUCAAAUUGAAUCUGUUAUAUUUUUAAACUUGCAUUUCAUUCAAAACUGAUUUUUUCUCAGUUAGGUAUAAUACAUGGAUAUAAAAAUUACUGCAUAUUCCUUAUGUGAUGUACCUAUUUUACUGCAGAUGUGUAUCUUUAA